AUGCAAUUCCACGGAUUUGACUUCUACUUCUUCUUCCUUGGUUUUAUCCUCACUACCAUUCUCGCCACUGCCAUCCCCCUUGACGAACCCUCUUCUUCCCUUGUAAGUAGGUACGCAGGAAUAUUCCCUAGGGAUAGCUGUAUUUGCGAAUACGAUCCUGAACAUCCUUGCAAAUGGGAUGAUUGUGAUUGCGGCCCAAUCAGACCAAGACCUUCUAAACAAUGCUGCGGUAUCAUCGAUCCUCCCAUCUUACUUUCCGAGCGGGACGAUUCGAUCAACACUACGCCUGUACUCCAUGCCAGGGCCUGUCCACCUAAUCAGGAACAGGUUUGUUAUGUCUACAGAGGAAUCAAGUAUUGCAUUCCAUGUAUCGAAGAGAGGAUUAUUUGUCCUCUGGAAGAUGAACAGAUCAUUUGCCUAAACGAUGCUGAUGGAAUUAUCAGAUGUCCUCCCUGUCGACCUCCUAGACCACCUAUCUGUCCACUUUGCGUAUCCCAUCGAAACGGCACAAUAGUCUGCCCUCGACCAUGUCCCACUUCACCUAUCGUAUGUCCAUUGUACUGUAUCGAUUAUCCGAAUGGCACUGUCGUAUGUCCCGGUUGUGGUGACAGACUACCAAGGACUUAUACCAACCCAGUUUCACUUCCAAGCGCCACGACGAAUUAA